GAGAGGAGGUAAACAGGAAGGUGACAUAUCACCAUUUUGCAACAGAUGUAUCUGGACAUAAAGCGUAUUUGCCUGGAAAAGCGUGAAAUUCGCCGCGAAUCCUACCAAAUAUGGCCGAGGAACACUUAAAUUUCUCACCGUCUUUUCAUUCCUUCAAUAUUUUCUCAUUUGGAUCUACGGUAUACAGAUAAAGGACAAUGGUUUGCAAGGAAAGCGGAUUGAAUGCAUAAGGAUCAGAGAUCAAUUAUGGUGACAGAGACGGAAGGAUGCUAAAAACAACACAAACUUUUUGACCCCAUCCAGGAUCAACAGUCGUUAAUGCAUAAAUAGAUCUCAUAUUUCUCCCUUUUAACUUUUGAAGUCGAAAUGUAGUUAUAUAAAGAGACUAAAAUAUUGCUCGCUUUGGAAGGAAAGGAUCGAAAUUUUACUCUGAAAAUCAAUUCUAGACUUAUUGAUACCAUAGAUAAUGUAGAAAGUAUCACCUACCAAAAUGGGCGAUCCACACAACAGAAAAAAUUCAGCCGUCAACCGUUUGCGAAAUCAGCUGAAGAAAAAGAGAGAGUCUCUUGCAGACCAGUUUGAGUUCAAAAUGUACAUUAUUUUUCACUUCAAAGAAAAGAAAAAGAGAGCUGCCCUAUUUGAAGUUUCAGAUGUAGUUCCAGUAAUGACAAACAAUUAUGAGGAUUGUAUUCUAAAAGGUGUCAAGGAUCAAGCUUAUUCUUUAGAAAGUUCUCAGGAACUGUUAGAAAAAGAUAUCGUUCAGCUCCAUGCUCCUCGUUGGCAUCCAUUAAGACGCGAUAUUCUUGGUUGUACUACAGAUGUAGAUUUUCUUUUGUGGCCAAGAAAUGACAUUGAGAAAAUAGAAGGGAGAUUGUUUUCUAGAUGGAAAGGAGAGGAUAUGCCUUUCAAGCCUGUCAUGGAAGAUUUUGUUUACACUCAGGAGGACUAUGAUAAACAGCUUGCUCGUUUGGUCAAUAAGAAGGAGAGAUCGGCUCUGAUCAUCAAUGACCCUAAACAGUCCAUGUUCUUGUUUCUGGAUAAGCACCAUAUCCAGACCACCACAAACAAGAUGACUGUAUUUAAGCUGUCCAGUGUCUGUCUGUAUCUCCCACAGAAUCAGCUGACAUUGUGGGGUGCUGGUACCAUCAGCGACUUCUUGUCCACACAUCUCAUGUGAUGUCAAACAGCUGUAACACUUGGAGCUCCUACUAUAAAAAUUUGAUAAGGAUUUGGACAGUUUGUUAAUUUUACCUGCCGGUUACAUUUUUAUUUUGCAUUCCAUUUCUUUGCAAGGAACACAUUUGCUCAGCAAAGCAGAUCAUUCAUUGUAUACAAAUUUACAGAGAGUUUUGGUUGAGUUUUUAGGUAAACAGUGCCCAUAGCCUAAGUGAGCUUUUCUGAUCAAAGUUGUUUAGCAUAUAUCUAUGCUCCCACAUUCAUUUGUACUUUGGAGACAACUGGGUUUGUUUCAACCUGCUGUAAAGCAAGUGUGUAUUAAGGUUGAGUGAAGGGAAUUCAAAAUUGUUCAAAUGCAAUGGGAUGCUGUCAUUAAAAAUAAUAAUAAAACUAAAUUGAAUUGCAAAUAUCUCAAAUAAUCUUCAGAUAUAUAUCUGUUCAAGGUAGAAGACCUGGAUUUUGGUCAUGAGUUUUAAAAUUAGCCUUACCUCAUGUUCAUAAAGGGGUGUGUACGAAAGUACUUUUUUCUGCAUAGUAUUAAUUAAUGCUAAAGAAGAGGUCGUAAUAUUUUACAAUAAUUUUGGCCCAGUGA